GUCCACUAUCCUCCCGUUUCAGUAAUCAGCUAGUGCGUCCGUCUUUGUCAGCGUUUUGUGCAGUGAAAAAGACUAACAGGAAAUGCGUGGAACCUUUUCAGAAACCUAAACUGAAACUGAAACUAACUGAACCUCUUUCAGGACGCUUCCAUUUUAUGAUUCUGAACCCUGCUCAAGAAGUUGGUGGAUUCUGAGGAGUGGGCUGACGCCACGCUUGAAGGCAUAUCCCAGAGUAAAGGGCUCCUCAGCGCUUGGGUUUAGGAAGCUGCCUGUGACCAAGAAGGAAGCAGUUUAAUACAGUUUAGCAGUGGAGAGGAGUACAGCUGAGGAUUGCAGCCUGAUCAGAAAGGACGGUUUAAUCUGCAGUGCUGGCUAGAUCUUUCUUCUACAUCUGAUUGCAAUGGAGCAUUUGAAAAGUAAGCAUACAGAAGAGUCAUCAACCUUGACACCAGACUUCACUUCAGGACAGCUAGCAGCCCUGGCCAUUGCCCCGUCUUCAGCAGAGGAUGGGACAAUACGAAAAAGAAGGAGAAACGAAGAGGAGUUACCUCCACUAUCUGGUCUCAUAAGGAAGUUCUUUAAUUCUAUAAGAGGCUUCAGUGAAGAAGACCUGCGCUCCAUCAGUAAAUAUUACCAGCCCUACCUGGCAUACGUCAUUGAAUAUGACCUCAGCAGCAUCCUACAGAAUUUAGUCACAAAGCGCAUUCUCACUAACGAGGAGGCAAAGAGUUACAAACACAGAGAGGAUGCUGAAGGAGCUGAAGGUGUAGCCUGGUUUGUAAGUGAUGUGCUUGGAAAGAGCAGAGACGUAGUGAUCAAGCUGUGGGAGGCACUGGCUGAGGAAAUAGUGCGCUUCCCAUCACCCAAUAUGAAGACCAUACUGGAGGAGGUUGCAGAGCGGGGAUCUGCCCUUCUGAUAGAGAUUCGUUAUGAUCAUCACGGACCAGAACUGAAGACAGGUAUUAAAGAGCUCCAGGACAAACACAAAGCAGCCCUGGAUCCAUACACUAGAGCUCUGGAGGAACAGCCUGGUCCUGGUAAUGCCCACCCCAGAGAGGUGAGCUUUGAGAACCGGUACACAGAGCUGAUGAUCAUUAACCAGUAUACAAGAACCAGGGGAGAGACUCACCAUGAGCUGCUGGAGACUGGGAAGAAGCAUGCAAAGCUGCUGGAGAACCGAAUGCAAGAGAAAUGUAAACGGAUCUGGAUCAAUCAGCUUUUCAGAAGGAGCCCUGGAAGGGAUGAGCACCCCCGCAUUGUAGUGGUCAGUGGAGUGGCAGGAAUAGGAAAAACCACCAUGGUGCAGAAGUUCAUGUUUGACUGGGUCCGUGACCUUCAUUACCAGAGGUUUAUGUUUGUGUUCCUGUUUAAAUUCAGGGAGCUGAACCUAAUAGAGGAGGAGGAGGCGACGAUGCCCCUAACGAGGCUGAUUGUAAAGCUGAACAAGCAUCUCAAUGAUCCGCGGUUAAGAGAGAUCCUGAAGAGACCGGAGUCUGUACUGUUUGUAUUUGAUGGCCUGGAUGAGUACAAGCACAGACUGGAUUUCACACAGAAACGACUCUGCUCAAAUCCAGAGGAUAUUUUUCCUAUUCCUGUCAUUGUCACCAGCCUGAUAACACAGACAUUACUGAAGGGAUGUUCAGUUCUGAUCACAAGCAGACCAACGGCUCUGGAGCCCCUGGAUACAAAGAGAGUUGAUCGGUAUGCAGAGAUCCUCGGGUUCUUCCCUGAACAAAGGAAGAGAUACUUCAUGAAAUUCUUUGACUCUCCGCUUGGCACUAAAGCUUUUGAGUAUGUGGAGCAGAAUGACAUCAUCUACACCAUGUGCUACAACCCCUCCUAUUGCUGGAUUAUCUGCUCUGCUCUGAGAUCCCAUUUCACUGCAGAAGAAUGGAAACAGAGACACGCCCCCAAAACUAUCACCGAGCUGUUUGUGAUCUUUAUUACCAACAUCCUCACCAAUCACAAACGAGAAGCUGACGACACACGAGGGAAUCUAGUCAAAAUCGGAAAGAUGGCUUAUCACGGGGUGAAGAAUAGGACCCUUGUGUUUUAUGAUAAAUUUGAGAUGUCUACCUUUGGUCUCACGUCUCUUCAGUCCUCUCCAUUCCUCUCUGGGUUCAUGAGAGAAAUCCUGCAAAGAGAAAGCUGUCUGGAGCACACAACCUACACAUUCUUCCACCUCACCAUACAGGAGUUCUUGGCUGCCUGUUACUACUUCCUUGAUCCAUCAGCGGAUGUCAGUGAGAUGCUUGGAAACCUGGACUCCUGUACAGACGGAUCGUUUGAGAUCUUCACUCGGUUCCUGGCAGGACUGUGCAGGGUUCCUAUGACUGAACCACUGCAGAGUAUCCUGGGGCAGUUUAAGACACAAACGGGUCAUAAGGUACUGAGGUGGCUGAAAGAAAGGACUGAACGUGCUGUGAAGGAUUUACAGAACAAGGAUGGAACAAAAGAACUUCUACACAUCUUUCAGUGGCUCUACGAAACUCAGAAUGCAUUAUUAAUAAGAGACUCGAUUAGAGAGCUGACAAAGCUGAAGUUUACAAACACAACUUUAAGCCCUCUGGACUGUGCCGUGCUGGGAUACGUCCUCAACCACGGUGGAGCUGUCAAAGAGAUUGAUCUGUCAAGUACACGUCUCACAAAGGAGUGUAUGAAUAGACUGAGUCCAGCUUUCCACCGCUGUCACACACUCAAGCUGGCGAGUUCUGGUCUCACAUUUGAAUGUUGUGAGGAUCUCGCCUCUGCUCUCCGUACAAACCACUCAAACCUGACAGAGCUGGAUCUGAGCAGCAAUGACAAGCUGGGUGAUUCAGGAAUGAGACUGCUGUGUGCUGCACUGAAGGAUCCAAACUGUAAAUUACAGACACUGAAGCUGGUGGGAUGUCGUCUCACAUCUAGAUGUUGUGAGGAUCUCGCCUCUGCUCUCCGUACGAACCACUCAACCCUGACAGAGCUGGAUCUGGGAGGCAAUGACAAGCUGGGUGAUUCAGGAGUGAGACUGCUGUGUGCUGCACUGAGGGAUCCAAACUGUAAAUUACAGACACUGAAGCUGGUGGAUUGUGAUCUCACAUCUCUAUGUUGUGAGGAUCUCGCCUCUGCUCUCUGUACAAACUACUCAAACCUGACAGAGCUGGAUCUGAGCCGCAAUGACAAGCUGAAGUAUUCAGGAGUGAAACUACUGUGUGCUGCACUGAGGGAUCCAAACUGUAAAUUACAGAAACUGGGGCUGGUGAAAUGUGAUCUCACAUCUCUAUGUUGUAAGGAUCUCGCCUCUGCUCUCCGUACAAACCACUCAAACCUGACAGAGCUGGAUCUGAGCUUCAAUCACAAGCUGGGUGAUUCAGGAGUGAGACUGCUGUGUGCUGCACUGAGGGAUCCAAACUGUAAAUUACAGACACUGAAGCUGGCAGGUGCUGGUCUCACAGAUGGCUGUGCUGAGUUUCUCAGCUCCGCUCUCAGUACAAACCGCUCCUUGACUGAACUAGACCUGUGUUGGAACUCCUUCAUAGACAGCUCUGUUCCUAGCCUCACCCGCCUCGUACAAACCUGCAGCAGUCUGAAGGAGAUCAGGCUGUCCCGUAAUUGGUUCAGUGUGGAGGGGGAGAGGAAACUGAAGUCCCUGCAGGAGGAGCUGGAGAGAUCGGGGCGUGACGUGAAUGUGAAGCUGCAGUGGUAACCAGUCCAGUGAGGAGGGGAGGAGGAGCUGGAGUCUCUGGAGGAAGAUCCCUUCACUGAAGUGUUCCUGAAACUCUAGACAUCUCUCUAUAGAAAUCCACAUCAGACAAGUUCUAUAUGUAAUCAUAUAAGAGUUUCUAUAGCAGUGUACACUGUUUAUAUUCGCUUGUCAUCAGGAGUGAAAUUCUCAAUAAUAAAGUGCAGGUACUCGUAUGUGCAGCCGGGUGGAGCAGACCCGUGUAUAAUUUGUAAACUUCAUUUAAAAUUGUUCAUUUUGUCAUGCAGAAUGUACAUUUAUUUAGAACACUUCACAUAUAAAAUGCUGAUUUACGACUGUCUGGCAUGUGGGUAAAAAUCAGAUGUCAUGGAUUAAAAUAUAUAAUUAAACCCCAGUAGUCAUUUUGCCACAGUUUACUAUAUACAAAUCUUUUGAGUGGGGGGGGGAGGGGGGAGGGUAAGCCAUCUAUGUAGGCUUGGUUGGAAUUUCUUUUCUUAUGUUGAAAUCUACUUUUGUAUUUUUAGUAUGUACGAUUGUAGGCUAUAAAUAAAUAUGGUUGAAGUGCCA